AGCCCGCAGAGCCGAGAAUGAGACCCGCGCCCGGCCUGUGAGCGGCACCGCCACCUCCUCUCCGCCAUCCGCCUCGCUAUCGCGGCCUGUCCGCCCACCAUCCCACCAUCCCGCCAGCUCGCCGCCCGGAGCAUCUUCCACCAUGGCCACCUCAGCAAGUUCUCAUUUGAACAAAGGCAUUAAGCAGUCGUACAUGUCCCUGCCUCAGGGCGAAAAAAUCCAAGCCAUGUAUAUCUGGAUUGAUGGUACUGGAGAAGGGCUGCGCUGCAAGACUCGAACCCUGGACUGUGAGCCCAAGUGUGUAGAAGAGUUACCUGAGUGGAACUUUGAUGGUUCCAGUACUUACCAGUCUGAAGGCUCCAACAGUGACAUGUAUCUUCUCCCUGCUGCCAUGUUUCGGGACCCCUUUCGCAAGGACCCCAACAAGCUGGUGUUGUGUGAAGUAUUCAAGUAUAAUCGGAAGCCUGCAGAGACCAACUUGAGACACACCUGUAAACGUAUAAUGGACAUGGUGGGCAGCCAGCACCCCUGGUUCGGGAUGGAGCAGGAAUACACUCUCAUGGGCACAGAUGGACACCCCUUUGGUUGGCCUUCCAACGGCUUCCCUGGGCCCCAAGGGCCUUAUUAUUGCGGUGUGGGAGCUGACAGAGCCUAUGGCAGGGAUAUUGUAGAAGCACAUUACCGGGCCUGCUUGUACGCUGGAAUCAAGAUUACUGGGACAAAUGCUGAGGUCAUGCCUGCCCAGUGGGAAUUCCAAAUUGGGCCGUGCGAAGGAAUCCGCAUGGGAGAUCAUCUCUGGGUGGCCCGUUUCAUCUUGCAUCGCGUAUGUGAAGACUUUGGCGUGAUAGCAACCUUUGACCCCAAGCCCAUUCCUGGGAACUGGAAUGGUGCAGGCUGCCAUACCAACUUCAGCACCAAGGCCAUGCGGGAGGAGAACGGUUUGAGGUUCAUUGAGGAGGCCAUUGACAGACUGAGCAAGCGUCACCAGUACCACAUUCGCGCCUAUGAUCCCAAGGGGGGGCUGGACAAUGCCCGUCGUCUAACUGGCUUCCAUGAAACCUCCAACAUCAAUGAUUUUUCGGCUGGUGUGGCCAACCGCAGCGCCAGCAUCCGCAUUCCCCGGACUGUCGGCCAGGAGAAGAGGGGUUACUUUGAAGAUCGUCGCCCUUCUGCCAAUUGUGAUCCUUACGCAGUGACAGAAGCCAUCGUCCGUACAUGUCUUCUCAACGAAACUGGCGAUGAGCCCUUCCAGUACAAAAACUAAAAGGACCCACCUAGACCUGCAGCCAUCUAGCCCCUCCUAGCUCUUCAUCCUCUCCUCCUCCUCUUAGUUACCUGAUCAUCCCCUCUGUAACUGAAGGGUGCAAGAUCAAGGUCUUUUUAUUCCCUAUGCUCAAUUAAUAUUGCUUUCUUUGGUCAAGGUAGAAGGGUCAAGUUUUUAAUCUUUUACACCCAUCACCCCCCCCCCCCCAUUUUUCCUGUCGCUUUCUAAUGUGGUAGUGGGGGGAGAGGGGUAGCCACUGCUCCGAUCUCAUCAGGUAUGCUUGUCUAGUAGGCAUAGGGGGGAUGUGUUUCUGAAGGAGGGGGGAGAGGGGAGGACUUUUCUCUGCAGGGUAGAUGACAGGGGAGGGCCUAACUGAUCAGGUUAGGAUUUCCCCUUGGUAGAAAGCUGCUUCUCAAGGUAAAACCAACUUUGUAUUACAAAGGGGAGCUAGGCAAGGAGGGAGGGGCUGGGGUGAGGGGGGAAUGCCUCCUUCUGUUGCUAGGGUAAGUCCCUUGCUGGGGGCCACCUGCCCUCCCACGAAUACAAAGCUCAGACUAGAAACUGAGGACUGCAUCCCUACCCUGAAAGAAGUCCCUCAAUUGCAUGGCCCUCCAUUGGUAACACAAAGCAGAGUAGUAUUUUUAUAUUUAAAUGUAAAAACAAAAAAAUGUUAUAUAUGCGUGGGUGGACAUGUGUGGUUUUUUUCCUGAAGGAGAAAAAUCAUCCUGGUUACUGGGUGCCAAACUGGAGACUAAUAGUUGGGUUUCAAGAUGAGGAUCUCCUUUGCAAUAGGGGUGAGGGAUGUAGUUCUGGAGAAGCUGGUUCUUGGGGGGGGCUCUCAGUCCUCCAUUAGCACCUACAGUUUUCCCACCUACCCUUCUGCAGGAGAUGAUAGAUACAUGCACAUUAUUCGCCAUCAUGAGAGCCUGGUGGAGACAUGGACUUGUCCACAUAUGGGUUUAGAAGUAUGAGUUGGCUGGUCAACUUGAACACUUACUGACAAGGGGUGGGGGUUGGGGUUACUUUUCUUGUAGGCUAGCAUGUCACUAAAGCAGGCCUUUUGGUAUAUUAAAGAUUUUCUAAAGCAAAACAAGUUUAGAUUUUAAUCAAAUUUGUAGGCUUUCUAAGUCUAAUUUUGCAGAAUUGUCUUCAACUGCCUCCUUCCACUCUGCUCUUCCCAGGAGUCAGGGACAGGACUGGAGUUAAAACACUUGUAAAUUUUUUUUUUUUGUAUCCUGUGUCUUUUCUCUCAGUGCAAAAUAUUUCUUUCUUUGUUAAGAUUCUUAAGGAGUUAUUUUUUUCCUUUUAUAAUAAACACACUCGAUUUCCAUCCCUA